CCCAGGAUUCUGCAUCAGAAGUGCGUAAAUCAGAUCGCUUGGUCCAAAACAGAAAAACAGUAACUUGUGGCUGAAUUUCCAGACUUCUCCCAAGAUGGAACCGAUAACAUUCACAGCGAGGAGACAUCCAUUUCCUAACGAGGUCUCGGUGGACUUUGGUCUCCAGCUGGUGGGUUUUCUGCCUGUGCAUCCUUUGACCACCAUGCCCAUGUUGCCGUGGGUUGUGGCGGAGGUGCGAAGGCUCAGUGGACAGUCCUCCAAAAAGGAGCCUGCCACCAGGCCAGUCCGGCUUUGUGUUUCACCCUCCGGACUGAGAUGCGAACCGGAGCCGGGGAGGAGCCAACAAUGGGACCCACUGAUCUGUUCCAGCAUCUUCGAGUGCAAGCCCCAGCAUGUGCACAAACUCAUCCACAACAGUCACGACCCAAGCUACUUUGCAUGUCUGAUCAAGGAAGUUCCCGUCCAUCGGCAGAGUAUCUGCUAUGUAUUCAAAGCCGAUGACCAAACAAAAGUGCCUGAGAUCAUCAGCUCCAUCCGCCAGGCCGGGAAGAUCGCCCGCCAGGAGGAGCUGCACUGCCCCUCGGAGUUUGACGACACGUUCGCCAAGAAGUUCGAGGUGCUCUUCUGCGGCCGAGUGACGGUGGCACACAAGAAGGCCCCGCCAGCCCUGAUCGACGAGUGCAUCGAGCAGUUCAACCAUGUCAGUUGUAGCAGGAAAGCAGAGGCGGACUUGCCUGCCCGGAGCCCCGGGAGCCCCCGCCGCACCCAGGGACUGGCCUGCCCGGGUCAGUUUCAGGCCCGGCCACCCUCAGGCGGUGCAGAGCCUGGGCGCAGGCCCAUGCGUAAGUCCUCCUCCCAGCCGGGCCUGCGCUCGCUGGCCUUCAGGAAGGAGUUCCAGGAUGGAGGCCUCCGAAGCAGCAGCCUUUUCAGCUCCUUUGAGGAAAAAGACAUUGAGAACCACCUCAUUAGCGGACACAAUAUUGUGCAGCCCACGGACAUCGAGGAAAAUCGAACUAUGCUCUUCACGAUUGGUCAGUCUGAAGUUUACCUCAUCAGUCCUGACACCAAAAAAAUAGCAUUGGAGAAAAAUUUUAAGGAGAUAUCCUUUUGUUCUCAGGGCAUCAGACACGUGGACCACUUUGGGUUUAUCUGCCGGGAGUCCUCGGGAGGCGGCGGCUUUCCCUUCGUCUGUUACGUGUUUCAGUGCGCAAAUGAAGCUCUGGUUGAUGAAAUUAUGAUGACCCUGAAACAGGCUUUCACGGUGGCAGCGGUGCAGCAGACGGCAAAAGCGCCCGCCCAACUGUGCGAGGGCUGCCCACUGCAGGCCCUGCACAAGCUCUGUGAGAGGAUAGAGGGAAUGAAUUCUUCCAAAACCAAGUUAGAACUGCAGAAGCAUCUGACGACAUUAACUAAUCAGGAGCAAGCAACUAUUUUUGAGGAGGUUCAGAAAUUGAGACCAAGAAACGAGCAGCGAGAGAAUGAAUUGAUUAUUUCUUUUCUGAGAUGUUUAUAUGAAGAGAAACAAAAGGAACACGUCCAUAUUGGAGAGCUAAGGCAGACACCGCAGAGCGCAGCGGAGAAUAUUGGAAGUGAAUUACCACCCAGUGCCACUCGACUGAGGCUCGAUAUGCUGAAAAACAAAGCGAAGAGAUCUUUAACAGAGUCUUUAGAAAGUAUUUUGUCCCGGGGUAAUAAGGCCAGAGGCCUGCAGGAACAUUCCACCAGCGUGGAUCUGGACAGCUCCGUGUCUAGUACAUUAAGAAACACCAGCAAAGAGCCAUCCAUGUGGGAGAAGGAGGCCUUGCCAGUCUCUGAGAGCUCCUUCAAACUCCCCGACUCCUCAGAUGACCUGUCCAGGGAUGCUGAGAGCCAUCUCCCCGAAGAGCCUGCCCCACUGUCACCCCAGCAGGCCUUCCGGAGGCGAGCCAACACCCUGAGCCAUCUUCCCGUGGAAUGCCAGGAGCCUCUGGAACCUGCCCAGGGGUCUCCAGGGGUCUCACAGAGGAAACUUGUGAGGUAUCACUCAGUGAGCACAGAGACGCCUCAUGACCGAAAUGUGGACCCUCUGCCUACAGGCGAGUCUACGCGGUGCCCAGCCCCGUCUUCUGCUCCUGCCCCUCCACCUCGUCUUAAUCCCUCCGCCUCCUCGCCCAACUUUUUUAAAUACCUAAAACAUAAUUGCAGCGGAGAGCACAGUGGGAAUGCUGUGCCGAAGAGCAUCUCCUACCGUAAUGCCCUGCGGAAAAAACUUCAUUCUUCUUCCUCUGUGCCAAAUUUUCUAAAAUUUCUGGCUCCUGUAGAUGAAAAUAACACCUCUGACUUUAUGAACACGAAAAGGAACUUUGAAUCCAAAGUAAACCAUCUUGGCAACUCUGGGGAGACUCCUGUGAAGACCCGGAGACAUUCUUGGAGGCAACAGAUUUUCCUCCGAGUGGCCACUCCACAGAAAGCGUGUGAUUCCCCCAGCAGAUACGAAGAUCAUUCAGAACUGGGAGAACUUCCCCCACGGUCUCCUUUAGAGCCAGUUUGUGAAGAUGGGCCGUUUGGCCCCACACCAGAGGAAAAGAAAAAGAGGACAUCUCGCGAGCUCCGAGAACUGUGGCAGAAGGCGAUUCUCCAACAGAUCCUGCUCCUCAGAAUGGAGAAGGAAAAUCAGAAGCUCCAAGCCUCUGAAAAUGAUUUGCUGAACAAGCGCCUGAAGCUCGAUUAUGAAGAAAUCACUCCUUGUCUUAAAGAAGUGACUGCAGUGUGGGAAAAGAUGCUCAGCACUCCAGGAAGAGCCAAAAUUAAGUUUGACAUGGAAAAACUGCACUCGGCCGUUGGACAAGGUGUGCCUCGUCACCACCGUGGCGAAAUCUGGAAAUUUCUAGCUGAGCAAUUCCAGCUGAAACACCAGUUUCCCAGUAAACAGCAGCCCAAGGAUGUGCCAUACAAAGAACUCUUGAAACAGCUCACCUCCCAGCAGCAUGCUAUCCUUAUUGACCUCGGGCGAACCUUCCCGACACACCCGUAUUUCGCUGCCCAGCUUGGAGCAGGACAGCUGUCCCUCUACAACAUUUUGAAAGCCUACUCGCUUCUAGACCAGGAAGUAGGAUACUGCCAAGGUCUCAGCUUUGUUGCAGGCAUUUUACUUCUUCAUAUGAGUGAAGAGGAGGCGUUUAAAAUGCUCAAGUUCCUGAUGUUUGACAUGGGGCUGCGGAAACAGUAUCGGCCGGACAUGAUUAUUUUACAGAUUCAGAUGUACCAGCUCUCCAGGCUGCUGCACGAUUACCACAGAGACCUCUACGACCACCUGGAGGAACAUGAGAUCGGGCCCAGCCUCUACGCCGCCCCCUGGUUCCUCACCGUGUUCGCCUCGCAGUUCCCGCUGGGAUUCGUAGCCAGAGUCUUUGAUAUGAUCUUUCUUCAGGGAUCAGAGGUCAUAUUUAAAGUGGCCUUGAGUCUCUUGGGAAGCCAUAAGCCCUUGAUUCUGCAGCAUGAAAACCUAGAAACCAUAGUUGACUUUAUCAAAAACACACUACCCAACUUGGGCCUGGUGCAAAUGGAAAAGACCAUCAAUCAGGUGUUUGAGAUGGACAUCGCUAAGCAGCUACAGGCUUAUGAAGUCGAGUACCACGUGCUUCAAGAAGAACUUAUCGACUCCUCUCCUCUCAGUGACAACCAAAGAAUGGAUAAAUUGGAGAAAACCAACAGCAGCUUACGCAAACAGAACCUUGACCUUCUCGAACAAUUGCAGGUGGCAAAUGGGAGGAUCCAAAGCCUUGAGGCCGCUGUCAAGAAGCUCCUGGCCAGUGAGAGCAAACUGAGGCAGGCCACACAGACCCUGGAGCUAGAGCGCUCGGCCCUGCUGCAGACGGUAGAGGCCCUGCAGAGGCAGAGCGCAGAGGCCGGUGGCCAGGAGCCUGACCCUGUGUAGCCUGGGCCCUCGGGCGACUGACCGCACUGCAGGGGAGACUGUGAUGCCUUCCCACACUGUCCAGGCCUUAACGAGAGGGACAGAAGAUGCUAGAGGCAGAGAAGAAAGCGUGACGCGUGCUUCUCAGGGAGGACACGGGCUCGCCGGGCUGCAGAUGUGUGAGAAUUCGGACUUGCGUUCAGGGCGAGUGUCCCAGCAUUGUUGUUGUUAUUGUUGUUGUUUUUGUUGUUGUUUUUAGGUUCUCUGUCGUCCCUUCUCCAGUUCUGACGACUGUAUGCAGUAGCUUUAGGUGGCACAGAUAUGAAUAAAUGCACCUUUGUGUUUUCUUGUUGA